CAUACAUCAACUGAACUUAAAUCCUCCUUCAAGUCCAUGAAUGCUACUUUCUGCAAAACAAACAGCCUCUUUUUAAAGCACUAAGCAUUAAUCAUAUACCAACCCCUCAACAUUACAUCUAUCUACCAUCCAUAAAAAACAUGAGCGAGGCGACUACAUCCCCUAAUGGUCCUCCAUCCUUCGUUCGACAGAGACAACAACCUCCGCCACACCUGGAAGCCAUCCAGGCUCCAAAAGGAGUUCAGGCAAAUGUCGCCUUUCGACCCAAUUCAAUCGCAGACACCACUCCUACAUACCCCACAUCGUCAUUUCUUUCCUCGACAGAACAGCAGCAGCAGCAGCAGUGUGGUUCAGGAGAAGGAGUUAUUGUUGCCGGAAGGGUAGAAACGACGAACGACACAGGACGCGCAUCGUUACCGGAACCACGACCUUUGAUGUCGGCAGUAACAACGACGACAUCCGCAACGGGAUCUGAGAACUUCCCGUUCACACCUUCGAUAAUCAUCGCAGCGGUCGAUAUCCCCUCACCUGUGGAGCAAGCGUACCCCACAGAGGAGAGCAAGGAACCCCGGAAUCAUUCGAAUGCAUAUACGGCCGCGAGUGUGGAGGGGACGCGGGAACGAAAGUCGUGUGCACUGAUUUCGAAUUCGGCUUCACCAGAUGAUCGUCAUCGUCGUCAAAGUGCUGUUGUUGGGCAGCAACAGCAGCGAGUGCACCCUUUGCGGAGCAGUAAUGAUAGCCGUGCGAGCUACACUUUCGUUCAAGGAGGCCACGGCCACGGCCACGAUUACGGACAUGACAACGACUGGCAGAAACGGAUAUCGGAGGGACAGGAUGGCUCGGGGAGGAUGGAAUUAAGGUACUCGACUUUAUGCCCAGACGAUCGACAACAGCAGCAACGAGGAGGAGGGCUUGAUGGAGUAGACGAGAAGGCGCAGGAAGAGCGGCUACCGAGCCUGUGGCAAGUCCUGCACAGGAAGACGUUGCCGCCAGUGUGCUUGUUUAAUUUUUACUUGUACAUGCGGGAUGUAGAGAAGAGUGCUGAGGAGGUUGAUUUCUGGUUGGAUGUGACAGCACAUGAGCUGCUGUGGAGGUUGUAUGUGAGGGCGACGAAGCGAAGGAUGGCGCUGGAGAGGAUCGAGAGGGAGAGGAAAGAGGCGGCGGAAAGGGCCGAGAGGGAGCGGCGCGAGAGGGAGGAGCAGAAUCCAUCUCCAUUCCUUUCGAACCAUGGCAAGCAUCAACAUAAGCCAAGUGUCACCGCAGACAUGUACGAGCCACACCUAUCAGCCGCGAACCGGUUCCUGGAACUCUCUGACGCUGGAUCUUCGGCUGCAUAUCUCCAUUCUGACAACGACAACGACGGUGAAGACGAUAAUGGCGAUGACAGCGGUGAUGGGAAAGUGAUGCGUACGAUGCACAGAAAGGAAAGCUCAGAGCCGAUGCUCAUGAAGAGCGCACCUUCUUCCCAAAUGACAAGUCCGCCGAUAUCGCCAGUGAGUCCUAUAGUCGCAUCCGUGUUACAGAGCCGGGCGGGCGAGGUACCUUAUCUCCCGGGUGCUGUGCCCACGAACUGGGGUAGACGCGUAGGCGAGGAUAACCUCGAGAGGACCGACAGCCAGGGGGCAGGAUCCGGUGAUGGUAAUGAUGGCGGCGGCUCAACAGUGGCGAUGAUGCCACGAACACUUGGAAGUAGUGGUGGGCCGAGGAAGACGAGUAAGCGGCUGACACUGUCGGGAGCUUCAGGAGGGGUGACGAAGGAGGAUGUGCAGAAAUCGGCGGAAAUGAUUUAUUCCAAGUAUUUGAUUCUGCAGGCGGAGAAGAGGGUUCGAGUGCCUGAACAUAUUAAGCAGCGGGUUGCGGCGGUGAUGGAUGAGUGGAUGAUGCUUACAGCCAUGGGCGAUACCCCUCGUGAUAUUCAUUGUCAAUACCAAGGGACUAAGGAGAACAAGAAUGAAUCAAUGACUGUAGUGCGUGAGAGGCAGGGAAUGUCGCUGGGGCCAACAUCCAAAGGAGGAAGAAUAAGAACGGAUCCGGGACACUCGGUACGACAGAGUCGUAACAGCCAUGCGCUGUCGAUGGAAUCUGGGCCCGGAGAGUUGUAUCAGCCGGAGCAGGAGCUGGGGUUGGUGUUUUCGGAGGCGCGUGAGAUUGUGUUUGAGGGGAUGGAGUCCUAUUAUUUUCCGAGGUUUCUGAAAGCACGGGCGUAUGGGAAUAUGGUGCGGUCGCACCGGGUGAUGAGGGCGGUGGCUGGGUUGGGGAUGGUGUUUGUAGGGUUUGUGGUGGUCCUUUGUAUGAUCUUUUUGGACCUACGGCCGAGGUCUAUUCGUGCUUGGGCAUUGAUACCGACAUUUGUGGGCACGUUGCAGUGCGCGACUUUUCAGUUCAACCUCUGCCCCGUUAUGGUUGCCUUUGGAGUGAGCGAGACGCGAUGGAUGCAGUUUGCAAGGAUCGAGGAGUCUUAUAUUCUGAUGUUGCACCGUGAAAGGGCUGUCCGGGUCGUGUUGGUUGCGGUGCUGUACACGGUCUGUGUCGGUGCCGUAUUUGGUCUCGUCCCCGGGCACCGGCUGUAGGCGCGGGCGGUCUGUAGAUCGAGUCGAGUCGUAGGAUUGUCAUUGUAGAAAAACGCGU